AUGUUGGAUAAAUUAAUUAAUGAACUAGAAAAGAGGAAAGAAUCGUAUGACCACCUUCUCGAAAACUAUAAAUUCUUUUUUAAACUGACUACUUUGUCAGUUGCUGAUGUUUAUAUGUACGCUGCUAGACUACAAAAAGAAUAUCUCAAUGAUUUUAAACCGUCUUUUAUAAAUGAAUGCUUACAUUUUAGAGGCCAUUUAAAAAGUAUUGGCAGUGAUGCUCCAAAUACCAUACAAGAUAUGUGUGCAUUUAUAAGGCAAAAAAAUGUUGUAAAUAUUUAUCCUUAUAUUGAUAUUUCCUUGAGAAUGUUGCUAUGUACACCUAUUAGCAACUGUUCAACGGAAAGGUUAUUCUCAGCUCUGAAGAGAGUAAAAUCGUAUUUAAGAUCAUGUUCUAAAGAAAAUAGACUCAACAGUUUGGCAAUGAUGACCAUAGAAGCGGAUUUAACAUCGAAAAUUGAUUACAAUGGUGUAAUCGAAGAAUUUGCAACAUUAAAAUGCAGAAAAAAAUGUUAA